UUUUGGAAGCCGCCGUAUUAAAAUAAUAUAUUGGCAAAAGUCGAAUGGUUGGAAAUUUUCAUCUGCAAAUUUUUGGGUUGAUUUAUUACAAAUUUUCAUACAUAUUGCAAUGUCUUCAGAGCCAGAUGCAAAGCAAAUAAAUUGCAGCAAAUUUGAAUCAGCAGAAGAAGGAAUUGUCACUACAGUAGUGGAAAAUGCAAACAAUACGAUGUCGCGAACAGAACAAGAGGAAUCUUGCCACCAAAUCGACUGUUCGGUCCCGCGCAAACAACGCGAACGCCGUAAUAAAUCUCCUAUUGCCAUAUCAACACUUUUAGAAACUUUUGCAGCUCCACUAUCACCAGCAUCAUCUUGUACUUCACAAGGCAAUAGCAGUGCCGAUGCCACAUUUGAGCCUUCUAUUGAUAUGAUGGUCAAUGACUUUGACGAUGAACAAACGCUCAAUGAGGAGGAAGCAUUAGCUGCCAUGGAGCAACAAGAUCCACAUGAUGAAAUUGCUACCUUGAAGGAAGAGGGCGAAAUGCCUUUAGAAGAGUUACUAGCCAAGUAUCAAGGAGCGCCUCCUAUUCCUGUACACAUUGCCACUCAGAGGAAAAAGAAUAAAAGAAGUGCGGGGAGUGGGAAACAUUCGAAACACAGAAAAACGGAAAGUGACUUGCCAGUAGAAAUUAAUAUUUCUGAGGACUAUAUGAAUGGCGCAAUAGAGCCAGUUGAAGAAAAUCAGUCGAAAACGAAACAAACAACAGCGAAUGAACUUAUAUUAAUUGAAGAAAGUAAUGAUGAAGAUCAUAAUGCCAGUAAAUUGAUGACAAAAUCUUCCUUGGGUGAAGAAGUUGCUUUGGCACAGCAAGGGGAGGAUUGCAUGCCUGCUCGAAAUGCGGAGAACAAUGAUUCAUCAAUUGAACAUGUUAAUGAAAAAACUAAACACCGUCGCUCUCAUCUUAUGGAUCUUUAUCCAGAAGAGUCCUUUACAGAAGUAUUAAAUUCAGGAGAUGGAACUGACAAAGAUUUGCCACUCAAACCUCUCUUUAAUGAAUACGACGAAAUAGAAGAUAUAAAUGAGGUGGAGGAGGAGGAGGAGGAAGGAGAGUUUGAUAGUGACUAUGUGAAGAAAACAAUCAUGGUAGGUCCGUCUUAUCAAGCAACCAUACCGGAUGGAUUAUCACAGUAUGGAGAUGUGUUACCAUACGAGAAUGAGGAUAAAUUAAUUUGGGAACCAAGUCAGGUUAGCGAACGUCAAGUAGAAGAAUAUUUAUUGAAAGCUCGCGAUAUCAAGCCGUGCAUGUUGGACAGUGUUGAUGAAGAAACCGAAGAAUGUAACGAGACUAAUAGUGCAGCGAAUAAAGCUACCGAAGCUAUAGGUCUACGGAAUGGAAGUGAUACUGAUAAUAAAGAAUUCUCUAAGAAUCACAAUACGGACGAUGUGCUUAAUCUACCGUCGUCCCUUGCCAAUAAUGAAUGCGGUGAUGCGACUGCUGUCAUCAAAGACAACGAGCAGGCUCUUCACUUGCUGGUCCAAUGCGGAUAUGAUUUCAAAGAGGCCUUACGUCGUAAACGUCUAAAUGCGCUUCCACUGACUGGUUCGAUGAGUCUUUGGUCGGAAGAAGAGUGUCAUAAAUUCGAGGAGGGUAUACAAAAAUUUGGCAAAGAUUUUCUUAAAAUUCGCCAAAAUCAGGCAAGUAUGGAACAAAUAAGAUUUGAUAAAUGCUGUAUUAAUAAGACGCUGUCGUCACAAUUAAUAAAGGUGCGUACUCGUACAAUGCGAGAGCUGGUACAGUUUUACUAUCUUUGGAAGAAAAGUGAUCGCCGUGAUCAUAAUUUUGCUAACUCCGACACCGUGGAUCACAUGGAUAUCUAUCUAAAUGAGGGUGGCGAUUAUAGCCCAACAUCGGCAAUCAACGGCACUGCAGGAACUGGUCACUCAACUAAUAACAACGGCGCUCCAACUUUGGGUGUACGAAAAAACAAUGCGUGCGCUCAGAAGAAUCCAAUCUCUAUAAUGAUGACCGGCAGCACUAAUAUCAAUAACUGUGCGACAACAACAACAGCAGCAGCAACACAAUUAAAUGUCAGCAAUAGUAAAGUAGCUAAUAAUCGAAAACGUAAUGCUGUGGGACAUCCCAAUAAUAAUUAUGAAAAUCCAAUAACUCCAAAUAUACCAUUAUCGCCUGCACAAACGAAAUGAUUACGGAUCGUUUCGUAGCCCAAUAGAAUAAUGCUUAGGGGGAGGAGGGUAAAUGUGCGACGCGCUGAAGCUAAACCGUGAAGGUACUGGUGACCUAAUCGUUAUGCUGCGCAGCAUGCAAAAAAGAAGUUACGGAAAUGAAUAGUAUUAAAUUAAAAAUUAAAAAAUAUUUCUCUAUACAUAAUAUGUCUAUUAUAUAUGUAUUAGUACAUAUAGGAGUUUAAAUAACUUUUCCAUCGUUUAAAAAUUUCAAUCUUGAAGAGUAAUGAAAUUAUCGAUGCAGAUAGAAAUUCAUUAAAGUUUUUUUUUUAAUAUAAGUUAGAUUUGUAAGUGUUUAAACGAUAACAAUAAAUGUUUUUCGUCACAUGGCUACUGAAUUCAAUGUAUGUAAUACAGUGUAUAUACAUGCAAGGAUACAUAAUAGUGGAAUUCACGCUUCUGUGUAUUCGUUGUAUCUUAUGCAAUUGUAACUGAGUGAGCGUAUGCUUUGUUGUUGCUAGCGAUACAAUAAAU